UGUGCCUCUGACAAAAAUGUGAAACGCAAUCCUAGCCCCUUGUCACAAACAGCAGUUAUUUUAAAACUUCAAACUCCGCCACCUCGAGACGACCAUGGCAGUAGUAACGACGCUAAGAUCGACCAAACCCAACUGAAGGAUCACUUCUUUAAUUUAGGAAUAAAACUAAAACGAUCACCCGCCUCCUCGCGCUGAGUCUCAUCCAGGUUCAGUUGUUCUCCUCCUGGUGGCGCAUAUCCAAUGUCUAUACCGGUAGUUCUCCCCGGAUCGUGUUACCCUGUAACUAGGGUUUCUUUGGGUUCUCAGUUGGCAGACUCGUCGUUCAGGAGCCGGCCGCCCCGCUGUAUAUCUAGCUCUCGCAUGCCUGGUUCUCAGUCGCAGCUGCUACCAGCGCUUCUCCCCGGCGGCCCACUGCUCUCCCUCGGAUUACUGCAGCUGGUUCUCGGCUGCUCCAUGGUCGCGCUCUCCUUCUCAGCUCUCUCCCUCAGCAGCUCGCCACCCAUCCGAAACUCAUGCCCUUUCUGGGUCGGAUCUUCAGUGAUCCUGUCAGGGAUCGUUGGCCUCACAACAUGGAGGAGACCCAUGCUGCUGCUGGUGAAUAUGUUUGUGCUGUCGUCAGUGGUGUGUGUUCUUCUCAACCUGGCCGGCUUCAUCCUCUGCUGUCAAGGAGCUCAGAUGGUCUCCACCUUAACCAACUGUCAACUGAGUGAGGUGGGAGAUGUGUGUAACUGCUGUCCUCAAACCCCCACUGCCAAGUGUCCUGAGGACAAACUACUCAAACUCUACCCUGGACACUCCUGUAGUACCAUGAGGGUCCUGCUCAAGAAGGUUCUGUUUGCACUAUGUGCUCUGAAUGCUCUGACCACUGCAGUGUGUCUGGUGGCUGCUGCCCUCCGAUACCUACAGGUCUUCACCACCAGAAGACCAUGUAUGGAUGAUCCCAGGCCAAUUGCAGAGGAGGUGGAGGAGCCAACUAUUAUCCCUGACCCGGAUGAGUUUGUCCCCCCUGCCCCUCCCCCCUCCUACUUUUCAACCUUCUACUCCUACACACCACGGCUGGCUCGCAGGAUGUUUGGGGACAGUGUGACACCACUACCUCAUAUCUAUGGUGCCAGGAUUAAAGGAGUAGAGGUGUUCAGUCCUUUAGACCCACCCCCUCCCUACGAAGCUGUUACUGGAGGCUCCGCCCUGGCCACCGCAACACAGGAGACAGAGAUUCAGAUUCCCGUGACGGAUCUGACAGAGUUGACAGAAGAGUUGAAUAACAGCUCAGAGGCGGGUACAUCAAUUAGAGACGUUGCUCCCCAGACGACGGUUAUGGCGGUGCCCACGUCUCCCCCGUCUUACCCCUCUCCCCCAUCACCCCCCCUGCUCCAGGCCAAACCCCCCCAGGGUGCCCCGGUGCCCCCCGUCAGGAGGUCUCAGCGCCAGAGAAUCAUGCGCUCCUACAGUGACCCUGUACUAUUGGACCUGGCUGCCAAAGUAUUAAGUUGUGAGGCGGCCACGCAGACCACCCAGACUUCCCAGUCCGCACUGGCCGCCCAGUCCUCUCGGACCCAGACAGUGACCCUCCGGCAGGGAGGUAGAGGACCUCGGCGGCCCCGGCCCUCCUCCAUGGUGGACUACCAGAGCUACAGACACACCCAGCAGCUGGUCAGUAGGUUCCUGGAGCAGCCGGUCCACUGCAGCCUGACCCCCGAGGUCCAGGAACUGGUGGACAGCAUCCGCAGCGUGCUGCGCUCAGACCAGAAACAAAUGGAGGAGGCCGUACGCUGUGCCAGCUACAUAGAACAGGUGAUCACAGUAUCAGAGAGAGCAGCUAUCCUCCAGCCCCUCUCCCUCCCCAGGCCCCGCUCCAGACCCAGUGCCCCUCUGUUGAACUGUUCCUCCCAGACCCUGCCCCAGCCCCUCCGGAAGAGACCCUGGCUGCUGCACCUCGGGAGCUGUGGGGACCUCAGCACCUUCACCUGGGCGGAAAAGCAGCCGCUAGAGGACAGGCAGGGUGGUGGCUCUGGCUCCAGGUCCUGGUCUAGAGCUGGGUCUAGAGUGGGUUCUAGGGUGGGUUCUAGGUCGACGUCACGGGCGGGGUCACACCUGAAUCAUCGCGAGCGCCCCCACAGUCUCAUAGGGGUAUUCAGGGAAACUGUGCUCUGAUGGAACUCUGUUAUCCCAUCUCAAAACCUCCCUAGCGAAGAAAUAAUGGUAUGCUCCACUGGGGGAAAACAGCCCAUUGACUCCAAGUGAAGUGCUCCUACUAGUGGUGAGGUUUGGGACUGCCACUGCUAAAGCUAGUGGAGAAAAGUCCCACAGACUGCAAGGAUUAGCCUUUGGGAAGGCUGCAUGGGAGUGUGUGGUUGUGUAUGAGAGUGUCUGUAUGUGUUUUUUUAUUUUAUUUGUGCUGUGCUAAUAUUGUUGAAGUGUUUAGUACAGAUGUUUGCAUCGUGGAGAGAAUAUUUCCCAUGAACUAUUCUUUGCUAUACAACCUGUUCUAAAAUGAUUGGCACUGAACAUAUGGCUAGACAGCACCUGCCCCUUUGCCCUUCCACUCACCAAGUCCCAUUUUGGGUGGCGGUAUACUUGUUUUUUUGAAUACCGUUUUUGACGUUGUUGUUCUGAACCCACUGCCCGCAGGUCAUCGUUAAGUUCGCCACCCCCACCCCGUCUGUUGAUUGCGCAUGUUGGUCUGCCUUGUGCGGAGCUUGGUUUGUGCCUGUUUCCCAGUCUGCCCCUGCCACUUGAUUUUACAUAAUCAUCAGUACUCGGUCUGGUUGGCUGAUACGUGCAGCAGCAACACAGGUAGUCUGUACCUAACCACCAUAUACUAACAUAUCCACACAUGUCACUAGCCAGCCAUAUACUGGAUCAUGAGUUAGACGAUUGUGCAUAUUCUAUUAUGAAGUUAUUUAAUAAUUUAAGAGCAUUUAUUGAUCACAAUCAGUAAAAAAUUAAUCAAGCUAGCAAACUAGCAGUUUAACGUCAAUCAUCAACAAUGAUCAGCUGUAUCCUCACCCUAUUUUCCCGUAGUCAAUCAUGUAUUUUUCUGAUGAGUGUGUUGUUGCAGAAAUAAAUAGGCUUAUGCAAAAAAAAAAAAAUGUUGAAUGAA